UUGACAGCCGGUUACAGUGCCCCUGGCUGCGUUGAACUUUCAAAAUGCGGAUGAUAGAACAGGAUCAAGAAAACGAUGAUUCUACUGAAGUAACAUGGGAGGAUCAGCAGAAAAUCAAUUCGUUUUCCAAACUCAACACUCGUAUGAAGGGUUUCGAGGCUAAGGUUGACGCUGGCAAGCAAGAAAAGGAAGCUCUGGACGAUCUAUCUACCGAAUUGGAGUUGGCAGACGAGGAUGAACCCGUGCUAUACAAAAUUGGCGAAACUUAUGUGCACAUGUCGUUACCUCGCGCAUUGAAAAGACUGGAGAAAGAUCAAACCGAUCUCGACGUAAGGCUUACAAAAUUGUCAGAAUCUGCUCAGCAAUGCGAGGCGGACAUGAAGCAGCUGAAAGUCGCGCUAUACGCCAAGUUUGGCAGUGCUAUAAAUUUAGACGAAUGAAUCAUCAGUCGUUGCUUCUCUGUCCUGAUAAAUUACGACACAUUUACUCAAAGACGACUU